GAGGUAUAUAAGCCGCUGGAGUAAGAGUAGAGAGUAUCAGUUGUCAUCCACCGUUUUACAAUCAUGCGCCUUUUUGUGGUGGUAGCUUUGGCGGGUCUGGUACAUGCGAAGCCCGAGGCCGGUUACUCGUAUUCUGCACCUAGCAGUAGCUAUGGAGCUCCAUCUGGAGGAGGCGGUAACUUUUUAGGAGGCGGAGGUGGACACGGAGGCGGUGGAUUCGGGGGCGGACACGGAGGCGGACAUGGAGGAAGUGGUGGUGGAUUCGUAGGUGGAUUUUCGAGCUCUGGAAGCGGCUCAUUCUCUUCCGGAGGAUCGUUCAGCUCUGGCGGAUCUUUUAGCUCCGGAGGCGGAUUCGGAGGCGGAUUCGGAGGAGGAUUCGGCGGUGGUGCUCCCACUGUCCAGAAGCAUAUUUACGUUCACGUUCCUCCACCAGAGCCGGAAGUAGUGCAUCACGCCAGGCCGGUACAAGCUCAAGCCGCACCCCAAAAGCAUUACAAAAUUAUCUUCAUUAAGGCACCCACUCCACCAACCCCAACCGCACCUGUCCUUCCUCAACUCGUCCAAGACCAAGAAAAGACCUUAAUCUACGUUUUGGUAAAGAGGCCAGAAGACGCACCUCAAAUCACAGUCCCGACCGCCGCUCCCACACAGCCCAGCAAACCGGAAGUAUACUUCAUCAGGUACAAGACCCAAAAAGAAACAAGCGCUGUCGGCGGAGGCGGUUCAGUGGGAGGUGGACUCGGAGGUGGACUCGGAGGCGGACUCGGGGGUGGACUCGGAGGAGGACUCGGUGGAGGUCUCGGAGGAGGUCUCGGAGGCGGACUUGGCGGAGGACUCGGAGGAGGCCUCGGAGACGGACUCGGAGGAGGUUUGGGAGGUGGACACGGAGGCGGACACGGUGGUGGACACGGAGGCGGACACGGAUCUACCGGCCCAUCGGGUCCCUCCACGUCGUACGGAGCACCCGGCGCAUCUGGACCUUACUAAUAACUUGUACAGAUAUUGUACAACCCUUUUGUAUAUUUUUUGUAUAUUAUCGAGCAAACGAAAACACGGUGGCAAUAAAUGUAUUUUUGUAUAAAAACAAA